CGGCCAGUUUCCUUUCAGACACAUACCUGGAGCGGAGCCCGGAGCAUUUAGUUCUCGUUGUGAAUGCCUGGUAACCCGACGACACUCCGAGUUCCUCCGGCACGAGGCGCCGCCAACUCAACAGUCGAAGUUUAAUACUCGAAGCGAGGCAAAAGUAUCUUAUAGGUAGAGGCCAGUGCGCGAUUUAACGUUUGCUCGCACAAUGCCCGCUGAUAGCGGUGCUGUGUUCCGGAUAGCCGUGAACCGAUUAGUUGUGAUACGGGAUCCAUUAAAAGAAGGAGCCUGCCUACGGUUUUCUGUCUGUUCCUGAAGAGACCGGCUCUCGACAUGCCACCCGACCUGGACGGCACCUUACGAGGAAGGCUAACAAGAGUGAUGAUCCUCCUUCUGGCGCUGAACCUUCUGCUGGGAACCCACGGGCAACUGAUGGAGUUUAUGUUCGACCCAGGGACGACGACGGAACCCGGGCCCGUCAACUGCUGUCCCUUCGUUUCGCACAAGGUCGAGCCGGUGGCCCUCCACUCCUGGCACCGUCGCCUCUACACCUUCUGCAACAACAAACGGGUCUCCGGUCUCCCCGGUGACUGCUGCACGCGCGGUUACUGCGACGAGUACUGCUGCAGCUGUACAAGACCUUGCCUCGCCUGAUUCCCAGUUUUUCAGACUCAAUUUUCUUCAUCCAACGUGAAGUGGAAUUAGCAGGGUGAUUUUCGAAAUUGCAGGGCAUAGUUAUAGAUAAAGGAGAUAAAGGAAAAACUGAGCGAUCCUAUCGGUAAAAGCGGGAAGUUCCAAUGAAAAAAGAGGUCAAGAAGAGACUAAUUAAUGGCAAUCACGAUACCAUACGGAUACUCAAUCAUUUUCCCCCUUAGACUAUGAUAAACAUCUAGUUCAACCGAUAGGAUCACUCCAAUUUCCCUUAAUUUUCUUUGCCUAUCAAGUUCAAGAAUUCGUUCGCAGGUACUGAAAUUAAUGAACGAAACGAUAGACAUAAAGGGCAGAGGGAAAAUGGAGCCAUCCCAUCGGUUUAAACGACUGAGGGGGUAAAUAAUGGACUACUCAUAAGGUAUCGUGGGUUUUCAUUAGUUGGUCAAAUCCUUAAUGAAAGGGUGUUAAUUAUAGCGCACCUCAAGGUUUAGAGACAAUACAUUCAUAUAACGUUUAUGAUAUGGUUUUUACUCUAUAAUUAAAGACUACACUCAUUUUGAAAGGAAAGAACUCCUGUGGAGCUAAAUUUCCAUUCUGCAGUCACGCUGUUUGAGCAACACUAGUUGAGAUCUGGUAUGUUCGUGCGCUGCACUGAUAAUGAGUCUAAUUGGUCUGUUUUACAUACUUUCUUUUUAUAUCGCAACCACCUGCUCCCGAUAGUCUCACUCCAUUUCCUUUUUUCCUCUGUCAAUUGCUUUGUCUAUCAAUUCCAAUAAUCAGCCUACUGAAAUUCAGUCAGAUGUAUGUUGCAUGUUGCAUAGGCUCAGUCAGUGUGAUUCUAGGCUCAUACGAUUCCACGAGUGAAAAAUUGACUCUUUCACUGGUGGACGAGUACACGCCGUAAGUUGCAGCGUCAAUAAGAAAAGGCCUGUCUGCACAGAGGCUUUUCAUCGAGUAAAUGGUCGGUAAAGUCGAUUUAAAGAUUCGUUGACUACGAGACGAUGAUGCAGGUGAAUUUAUGCAUUAUAAAAUUCAUAAUGGACCACCAGACGAGGAACAAAAUUAGGCAUUCGUAACUGGCGUAAACUGAUUACUAGCGUAAACUGAGUAAUCAGUUUACGCGUACGCGGUCUCGAGUGACUAUAGUCCAAAUAGCUAUUAAUACUUUCGAAAUUUUACGUGCCUACUGACGACCGCAAAAAAUGUGGAAAGUUUAUGAAAGUUUAAAAUGUUAAUAGUUACUACCACUCUGAAGAUGCCUGAACAAGCGAAAUUGACGAAAUGCAUCAGUAACUAAUACAAAACGAAGGAGGCACAUUUGGCAUACCAUCACAUUAUUGAAUUGAAUUACAGGUGCAAUAUGCAUAUCAAACUUGAUUAGUCCUAAAAUGUCCUCCUAAAAAUUUGUUGUUUCGAGAUUGUUUUCAAUUCGCCUUCAGCUGCGUCCGCAGCAAUUGUUGUUACGAAUGUGUUGUGCUCAGGUAAUUACAUACUUGACUCUUCGAAGGCGUUUAAUGUGCAAAAGUUGACCACCCUGUUGGUGUGAGAUUGAUUGUGAAUCGAUUAAUCCUUAAUGCUAUCGUUCUCCGACGGAUAGCGCUACUUGUGCACAGAAAACACCUUCAGAGAGUCGAGUAUGUAAUGAACUAUAAUCAGCACGCACAACAUAUUCGUAACAACAAUUGCUGCAGACGCAGAAGAGGGCGAAUUGUACACUUAAAAAAAAAAGAGUAUAAUAGGAAGUCUGCGUGUAACGAAAGGGUAUGUAUUCGAUCGAAAUGAAUCAAACUAAGAAUAAAAACGUGAGCCAAUCAACACAGAUUUCAAGGACAAAUAAAUAAAAAAAGCUGAUCAUAAUCAGUAGGAAACUUGCAUUCACCAUGAAAAUUUCAAAUUGCGGUUUCUCAAAAUUAGGAUCAGCGAAGAUUUUGAUUUUCCGCGAUUUUAAGUCCACACGUACCAUAGACUCACCCCCCUGCAAACCGUUUUUGGGUACAUUUUUGUCGCAUUUCUUUUUUUGCUUCAAGACCACUGUGGUGGAGCACUGUGUGCCUUCAACCAUCAAUACGGUCGUAUAGUCGCUUCUCUGAAGUAAGGGCGUAUUCUUAUUUUCUACAUGAGCCCAGGGAGGCCUAGGACUAUACAGGGCACAGAGAUCACGUGGAACCUGAGGUACGCCUUUUCAUAUGAGGAAAGACUCUAUGGUUGAAAGCUACUUUAACAUUCUUCCAAAGCUGUAUCGUUUGUCAUCGACUGACCAAUAAGACAAUGAAUAUGAGCUUUUGAAAACAAGUUUUUAAUUGUUUCAUUACUUUCUAAAACACAGAUCAAAAGCAUUUUCAACAGUUUAUCAAACUUAAACUACUUUGUCCUCUUCCAGGAAGAAGAGCAAAUUAAAAACAUUACUCAUCUUUUGUAAAUUAAACUUAUGCUUUGUUUUACUCAGUUGCCCUCCUUCCUAAAGACUCAAUUCUUGUAUGAAAUAUUAUUGUUUUACAUUUAUGAUCUCGAUUAUUUGACUCGAAAUUUUUAUGGAUUCGCAUAUUGCCUUUACUAAAAUCUGAUCCUAGGGUGAAUCCAGAACAUCAUCAAAUACUUAAAAAGCGACAUAAUCACAACUAAUUGCGAAUAAAAAGAUAUCAUGUAUUGUCUAGUUA